GAGCUCAGCGUCGUCCGCGGGACACAAAGCAGCACAUAACGGGGCCUGUGCAGAUCGGGCGGAGUUUAGCCAAACGCGCUUUGCUGUGCCUCCAUCGGCAAGGCUGGGUGUGGUUUUCAAAACUCAGUUCCGUUAGCAGGAAAUCGACUCUAGGACCGCUAGCACCUCACUUUGAGCGACAAAGACCCCGCGAAAAGUGAAACUUUGUUGGAGAGAUCCGAGGAGUAGGUUUUCCAAAAGAGCGGUGACGGACGUUCACUCUUUGUCGUGGACAUUAGCCGCUGGGAAAAAGUUUGGCUGUCUGUUGACUUCAUUGUAUCAGCUCAGUUUGUGACAUCCGCGCGAGAGAGACACAAAAUACAGUCAAAAUGCCGAAAACGAUCAGCGUUCGCGUGACUACGAUGGAUGCAGAGUUGGAGUUUGCCAUCCAGCCGAGCACCACCGGGAAACAGCUAUUUGACCAGGUGGUGAAAACCAUCGGUUUGAGGGAGGUUUGGUUCUUCGGACUGCAGUACCAGGACACCAAAGGCUUUUCCACCUGGCUUAAACUCAACAAGAAGGUUACGGCUCAGGACGUCCGCAAGGAGAGUCCUCUGCUGUUUAAAUUCCGGGCAAAGUUUUAUCCUGAAGAUGUUUCCGAGGAGCUGAUUCAAGAGGCCACUCAAAGACUUUUCUUCCUUCAGGUAAAGGAAGGGAUUCUGAAUGACGAUAUCUACUGCCCCCCCGAGACCGCCGUACUGUUGGGAUCUUAUGCAGUGCAGGCCAAAUACACCGACUACAACAAAGAUGUUCACAUGCCCGGAUACCUGUCUGGCGAGAAACUGCUCCCACAGAGGGUUCUGGAGCAGCACAAGCUAAGCAAAGAGCAGUGGGAGGAAAGAAUUCAGGUCUGGCACGAGGAGCACAAGGGCAUGUUGAGAGAGGACGCGAUGAUGGAGUAUCUGAAGAUAGCUCAGGAUCUGGAGAUGUACGGGGUGAAUUAUUUCAGUAUUAAGAAUAAGAAAGGAUCUGAGCUCUGGCUGGGAGUCGACGCCCUGGGACUCAACAUUUACGAGCAGAACGACAAGAUGACACCUAAAAUUGGUUUCCCCUGGAGUGAGAUCCGAAACAUUUCUUUCAACGAUAAGAAGUUUGUCAUCAAACCCAUUGAUAAGAAAUCCCCGGACUUUGUCUUCUAUGCCCAGCGCUUGCGCAUUAAUAAGAGGAUUCUGGCCCUGUGCAUGGGGAACCAUGAGCUGUACAUGAGACGCCGUAAACCAGACACCAUCGAGGUCCAGCAGAUGAAGGCACAGGCCAAAGAAGAAAAGAAUCACAAGAAGAUGGAAAGGGCAAUGCUGGAGGACGAACGGAAAAAGAGAGAGCAAGCAGAAAAGGAGAAGGAGAAGAUCGAGAAAGAAAAGGAGGAGCUGAUGGAGAAACUCAAAGUGAUAGAGGAACAAACCAGAAAAGCUCAGCAAGAGUUGGAGGAGCAGACCCGCCGGGCGCUUGAGCUGGACCAGGAGCGUAAAAGCGCUCAAGAGGAGGCAGAGCGUCUGGAGCGAGAGCGCCGCCUGGCGGAGGAGGCCAAAGCGACUCUGCUGCAGCAGUCCGAGAACCAGAUGAAGAACCAAGAGCAUCUGGCGACUGAACUGGCAGAGUUAACCUCAAAGAUCUCAUUGCUUGAAGACGCCAAAAAGAAGAAAGAGGAAGAAGCAACAGAAUGGCAACAGAAGGCCAUCGUAGUCCAGGAGGACCUUGAGAAGACGAAAGAGGAACUGAGAAAUAAAGUGACAGCGACCCACGUGACGGAGCCUGUGCACAGCGAAAACGAUAACGACGAGGGUGACGAGAGCAGCGCAGAGGCCAGCGCCGAAUUUUCCUCUGCAGUCUCUUACAAAGACAGGAGCGAGGAGGAGCGCAUGACGGAGGCAGAGAAGAACGAACGGGUGCAGAAACACCUUCUGGCUCUGACUUCUGAGCUGGCCAACGCUCGGGACGAGACCAAGAAGACCCAGAACGACAUGAUCCACGCAGAGAACGUACGAGCAGGACGCGACAAGUACAAGACGCUUCGCCAGAUCCGCUCUGGAAACACCAAACAGCGAAUCGACGAGUUUGAGUGCAUGUAAUUUACCACGGUCGGCCAGCAGGGGGCACUACAGCCUGCCUUGCACGUCAUGUCUGCAGAGAAACUACAGUACCCACAACGCACCACUCCAACAGCCAGACAGGCCGAACAAUAAAGCCAAAUAUAGAAUAAUGCUGCACAAUUCACGAUCCCUUUAAUUCAGAGGCAUUGUUUGGGUUACUGCAUCAUGAUAGAGGAGAUUUAUUUCUUGCUUUGUGUUUUGACAUAGACGUAGCUCUUUUAUUUGAAAACAUAUUAACGGUUUGCUGUUUGGCUGAACUAAAGGGUUUUGAUUCAUUCAAAUUGAUGACGAGCAGAACUGGAUUUCCCUGAGCAUUGAAGUAGAAAAACAUUCCAUUGUAAGGACAGAUUGAGAAAGCAAACUCUGGAGAAGAAGGACCAACCGUAUGCCAGCAUACCAGGACCGUAAUUCAAAGUAGUUGACAUUUUAUUAAUCUACACAGUGCCAUUGAAAUGGUGUAAUAGCCUAGCUAUGAUGAGUUGCUGUAACAUUGCAUCUCUGUGCCUUUUCGAAUUAGAAAAUUACAGUAUUGAUUAAAACACAUGCUUAAGACCUGCUACCUGCUGCCAAUGAACCACUCAGCCAAAACAGGUGGCCCGCGAGAGCAAAGUGUGUGUGUGUGUGUUUUUGUGCGCAUGUGUGUGUGUUUGUGUGGGAGAGAGAGUGUGUGUGGAUUCCUAUUAAAAUUUAGUUUAGUAAUAGUUUCUCACUGCUGCAGGUAUGUGGCCGCUCCCUGUUUGAGCCUUUUCACUGAAGAGAAAAUAUCAAACUGUAUUUUUAGUUUAGUUUUAAUCGUAUUCUUAUUUUAAGCUUUUUUUCUGAAGGAAAAGACUUUUUUUUAGGCGUUUGAUUGCCUUUUGCAGUAUUAUUUCGAAGGAUCCUUUAUUAGACACUUCUAAGCAUCUUCUGGGAUUCCAUUUCUCCCUUUAUGUCUGAACAGUAUUUACCCAGAGUGAACACAGUUUUUGGAGUAGCCCCGCACCUGUAGGCAGUGCCUUAGUUGAUUUUUGUAAUCUAACCUUACAUUCAUCUUUAUUCAUGCGGCGAUAUGCCGCACUGAAGCAAUAUGACGUCCCUGGCUGCUUUUGAAGAAUUUAUUCUUUAUUUGGAUCUUACACUUGAAUAAUCUGAGCUGUUUUGAUAUAUAAGAACAGAGGUCUCUUUUAUGCUUGUUCUUAUCAUAUAUAAAGCUUGUUACCUGGGUGACGUGACAUCAUUCAGAAUUGGACGUUUCCCGCCAUUUGGCCGCAGCUGGCUCCUCGUCAGCCCAUCACAGAAAAGAUUGCUGCUUAUCAUGUUUUCAUCGCAACUGUCAAUAAAAUAUUAAAGUCGUCAGAUUAA